AUGAGCACCCAAAUUGCUGAUUCGCCUGGUAAUGCCUACUACCCUAAUAGCCAGCCAAUGCGACGACCAGGGCUGGCAUUCCUCUAUCGUCUGGAAUGCGACAUUGCCAAAGAAGAGAUUGAGAUCGGGGCGCCUCACGGGGCCGGAGUGAUUCGAGGCAUUGCAAAUAUUGUUGGAGGCACCUUCAAGGGUCCAGAGCUUGAAGGAACUGUUCUCUCUCUUGGAGGAGCAGACUGGGCAACUGCGAUUGAAGGCACACACUCUAUGACUCUUGACGCGCGUUACACCAUAAAGACAACGGACGGACACCAUCUCUUUGUGCAAGUCCAUGGGCUCUAUCGUCCAGGGCCGGGAACGACAUACGCCGAACAAGUUGCAGCGGAUCCCAAGGCGGCGCCACCAAGUACCGUCACACAAGAUGAUGUUGAGUUCUUCUCCCAUAUACGGAUCGAAGCAGGAGCUGGGAAAUACAACUGGCUGAAUGGGUUAAUCUGUCUUGGGGUCAUGACCAGCGAGGACGAUCGCAUCAUCAUCGAUGCGUAUCAUUUGACAAACUUUGAGGGGACGAAGCCAGAGGAUGUCAUGAUGAGCCGAUGA